AUGCGUCAAACCUGCAUCUUCUCGGGCUCGUCCCAUCCGCACCUGGUCGAGGCAAUAUGCGAGAGACUCGGCCAGAAGCCGUCAAGAGUCGAGCUGAAGAAGUUCAGCAAUGGCGAGACAUCGGUCGAGAUCAAAGCCUCGGUCCGUGACCAAGAUGUCUUCGUGGUGCAGAGCGGAAGCGGAGAGAUCAACGAUAAUGUCAUGGAAAUGCUCAUCAUGAUCUCAGCUUGCAAAGGCGGCUCUUCAAGAUCGAUUACUGCUGUGAUGCCGUACUUCCCAUACUCCCGCCAGUCCAAGAAGAAGGCCCACCGUGGCGCCAUCACCGCCCGCAUGCUUGCAAAUCUCAUGAAGGUCGCUGGUGUUGACCACGUCAUAACCAUUGACCUGCACGCUACCCAAAUGCAGGGGUUCUUCAAAUGCCCGGUAGACAACCUCUUCGCUGAGCCUCUACUGAGCAAGUGGAUACGCAUGAACAUACCCGACUGGAAAGACAGCGUCGUCGUGAGCAAGAAUCCAGGAGGCACAAAGAGAGUGACAAGCCUAGCAGAUAAGCUGGGUACCAGUUUCGGCAUUGUCGGCACAGAACGGAAGCGACCAAAGUAUUCGCCGAGUAUGCUCAACUCAGUCGUGUUCGAAAGCAUGGGCGAUGAUGGUACUGAGGCGCGCAUAACUUCACCUGACCGCGACUCGCACGCACCCAAGCAAGCCCACACUUCACAGCCCCGCCGCCAUAGCCCGCGCUCGAGCAUCGACUAUCGCAGACCACCGCAGCCUGUACGACCUGGUGCCUUACCGCGAGCAGCCACAGCAAAUGCGCCUUCUACACGCGCGAGAGGCCUGACGAACGGCGACACCCCACAUCCUCUCGCGCAAUCGACACGACCCGACUCGUCAGGAGGAGAUGGCGAAAACAAAGAGAAGAAGGAAGGGGAUGCACCAGAGAUAGGUCUCACAAGGGUGCGAACCAUACCUACUCUUCACAACCAACAAAGCACCGACGACGAUGGCUAUGAGGAGCCCGAAAGUGAGGAAGGUAGCGAUGAGCGAGCCAGAGAUGUCAUAACAGGUCGUCUGAUCCACGGACACAUCGUGGACGAUGAUGUACCUUCCCCCAAUACCUCACACUACUCUGAGAACCGCGGUCACAGGCAGUCGAGCGAAGACGAGGAUGUCCCCGAUCACAUGACGCAGUCCUUCAUGUCUACGGGCUCCUCGCGCUGGAAUGCUGCCAACAACCCCGCUCAUGGCCUCGGUGGAACUGGAGAUGCUACACACUCCGAUGAGGAAGAGGAAGAAGCUCUCCAGAACCCGGAUAUCGAAACACAUGUGACCCUCGUCGGCAACGUACGGAACAAGUCCGUCAUCAUCGUGGACGACAUGAUCGACAAGGCUGGAUCCUGGAUCGCGGCUGCUGAGACUGUGGUGAAGCGAGGUGGUGCUACCAAAGUCUACUGCAUGGCCACUCAUGGUCUCUUCGGCGGCGACUGCCUUCGCCAGCUGGACGAGUGCGAAGAGAUCGAUGGCGUUAUCGUGACGAACGCAUUCCCUAUUCCGGAGGUCAAGCGUCAGGGAGCAAGGAAGUUCACUGUGCUGGACGUCAGCGGUCUUCUGGCAGAGGCUAUCCGAAGGAACCACCACGGCGAGAGCAUUAGUCAACUGUAUCAUCUGAUGGAUUAG